AUGACGGAUCUACUGCUGCUACUGGCAAACAAGACAGAUGCACAUUGUCCUCCACUCACCAAACCAACCGUCAAAGAUGACGUGUUGGGAUGCUCGUACACAAAUUGGGCAUACGCUGUGUUUGCAACAGUUGCGUUAAUUAUUGCGGCAAUACCAUUUGUUGCCUUUAUUUGCUACGUGCAGAGGCGAGUGAAGAAUAAACAUCGAGCAAGAGCUCUUGCACACAGUACCAGUUAUGAGAGCUCUGGUGCAUAUCCAUACCAGGUUGGUUUAAUAACAUUACAACCUUGUGUAGAGCACUUCCUGCAUUGAUUUUAAAGAGCAGUCGGUAUUUAAGUUCAAGAAGAGAAUCAUCAGUGCUAGUUGCAUCAAAAGUAAAAACCUCCAGCCCUUCUAUAGCUUCUUGAUUCCAAGGGAGAGUGGGGUGCUGUCAGCUGUACAUCUUUGUGCCUGGGUGAAAAGAUUUAGCCUUUUCCUUAAAAAAAAUACCAUAGUAUUCUUAAAAGUUAAGCUUUUAGCCUUGUAGUCAGGAAAAGUCAUGCUCCAGGUUUUCUUUUUAAUUGAUGGACGCUAAAUGGCCAUUUAACAGCUUGCCGUAAAUUUGCAUAAUUAUUACAACAGGAGAGGAAAGAAGUGUGGUCAAGUGGCCAGUGCAUCAGACUCACAAUCAUGGUGUCCCAAGUUCAAGUUCCACUUCAACCUGCUGGCUGUAUUUCUUCUUGCUUAUCCCAAGUUCAAAAUCGCUGUGCAACAAGCGUAGACUGCAGACUGGCAGAUAAACGAAGUAAACAUUGUUGUAGAAUGCUCUAACAGAUUCCCUAUCCCUAAACUAAACUUUUAAAUGACUGAAACUUUAGGGAUAGGGACUCUGUUAAAGCAUUCCGCAACAAAGUUUUCCUCGUUUACUUGUCAGUCUGCAAGUCUGCAGUCUGCGUUUGUCGCACACCGGUUCAAAAUCCCUUGUCAUGCUUGUAAAUGGCCAACUGGUUGUCUCCUGCCAGUUGUGAUUCUUAACCUUGUUAUUUUGACCAAAAGUUGAUUUAGUCAUGGAUUAAUCAACAGUUUAUUUUACCCCACUUUGUCUCUCUUUACCCAGGUUUACAAAUGGGUACUGGGGACAUACUGCUGGGGCGUAACCCUGUGAUGGAUUAGCAUCCUGUCCAGGUAGGAGUAGCAAUACUCCUAGGUAUGCUUCAUGCUAAGGAAGUGGGAUAUAAACUCUGGCCGUUUGGGCGGUUGGCUUGUAUGCAUCUUUACUUUACCUUACCUUACCUUUUUUUUUUUAGCCUCUUCAUGGUGGUGGGCAACGUAGACUUGCCAAUUAUGGAGCUAUAGACAGUGGUACAGAGGAGCAACAAGCUUUAAGAUGUGAGUGACAUGUAGUGAAGUGAAUGCUGAGAUUAUCAUAUUAACAACAUUUUUUUAGUUAAAGGAGUUAAACUGCUAUUCACAAACAGUGUACUGUCAGAUGCUGGUUACUAAAAACAGCCACAAGAUUUAGUAAUAGAUAAUUACAUGGCUUUCAAUGAACAUUAAUAUCAUACUAGGUGAUACCAGAUGGUGAUACCAGAGCAUAAAUCAGUGCUCAAUUUUGAAGAGUUCAAAACUGAAAUAAUGUAAUGAUAACAUUUGAUUAAGCCCCAUAAUGUUUCAUUCAUACUUUCUCAGUAAAUACUUGAAAGAAAAAUUAAUGCAAAGCAUAAUAAUAAUUAAGAGAACUAUGCAAUUUGUAGGGACAAUAAGAUUUGUAUGUGUGCCUUAUGUAAAGAAUACAUGAUCUAUACACAGACAAAAUGCCCUUUUUGUUUUAAAAGCCAAUUUCUUUGCCUUAGUUGUAUGUUAGUUUUUUUUUUGUUUUCAGCACCAAGCCAUGCUUCCACAGCAAGUCUGAGUGACAGACAAAGCCAUCUAAAGGACACUACAAGUGUGGCAUCAAGUCGGGCAAGCAUCAUUCCUACCUACGAUGAUGUUUCUUUGAAUCAGCGUAAUGCAGCAGCAAAUAAAGCUGAGAGGAAUGGAGUUAAUCAGUCUACUGGGCCACCACGGAGGUCAUCAAGGUCAUCACACUUGUCACUUGAUAGUCAGGAAAAAUCUGUGGAUCAGGGAGGACAGUUUUAUGACUCUGUUGAUGUUGUGACAAAUAUCCCAAAACUCCAGAAACAGGCUGGACCUAAAGAUGUGCCACCAGCUAAACCACCCAGGCUGCAAGUGUUGUACGAUGCAAACUCUGGCACACCCGAAACUCAUGUGUACGAUGACGUGGAACAGUCUGAACUGGAAGGUAACAAACAACGUAACACUCAGCCACCAUUAAAUGGUACAUCAGCAGUAGAUGGGCUCAGUGCCGAACGUGAGGAUACUGAACAAGCUGCCACUGAUGAUAUUCGAGGAAAUGAUAAUAACAUGCACACUGAAUCACCAGAGUAUGCCACUUUGGAACCUUUACCAGACGCAUCACCUAAUGAUAGUUACCCUACUAAUAAUUACGCAUCGAAAAAUGAUCAAGAAAACCUAUCAAUAAGAGAACAGAAACAAUGGUUACUGUCAGAUGAUAAACAGCCAACCACUGAAACAGAGGGAAGCCCUGUUUCGCAAAACAAAUAUCUUACAGUGCUUCCUCCUACUCCACCCAAACAGAAUGAAAGUUUGGAUGAAAAUGCAGGCUUGCUUCAGUCCAAUGAAGACUUUGAUCAGAUGAGUGUGAGUCCACCAGAUAAAUCAGUUGCCAAGUCAAGAUCUGUAAGUUUGUCUUUUUUUUACAUUUAUAUUUAGCUGUGUUGGGUCGGUAAAAUCAUUAAGAUGUCACACCAACCGUAAAAAUAAAAACAAAGACAUAAAUGAAUAAAAUACAGAUAUAUCAAGAUAUAAAAUAAUGAUAUAAAAGUUACUAUCAUUUAAGAAAAGCUGAUAACCUAUAUUUAAAAGUUUCUAAGGAGGUUGAUGAAACAAUGGCCUCAGGGAGGCAAUUCCAGUCCACUAUAGUUUUUGGUAAAAACGAAAAUUUAAAAUAUCUUUAUUUGCAUAUGGCACGCAAAAUUUAAAUUGAUGGCUUCCCCUUGUGUGACUCUCAGAGUGUUGAAUUAAAUAUUUUUCGGCUAUCUAUAUCAAUAAGACCAUGAGUUACUUUAUACGUAAGUGUUAACCUGGACUGCCUUCUUCUCAUUUCCAGCGUGGCCCACCCUAAGUCUUUAAUCAUGUCCGUAACCCUACCAUAUCUAUUAUAAUUCUGUGAGCAGAACCGUGCUGCUUUACAUUGAACCCAUUCCAGGGCACUGAUAUCUUUCUUUAAAAAUGGGUCCCGGCAAGCCGCACUUGCAUAUUCUAGCUUCAGUCGUAUUUGGGUUCUGUAUGCACCUUCUUUUACAUUCUUUGGACAAUUCCAUUGGUUGCAUUGGUUGUGUUUAAAUAGUAAAUCCCUCUCACCCUGUCUUAUUCUUCCCUUGACUUAACAGUUAUACUCUGCGGGGUUGUCAAAAUGUGCCCGCAACCGUCACCUUCACCAGCUACUUUAAGGUUUUUGCCGCCUGUAACCUGGGAAACACAUAUCCCUUCUGAUCUGCAUUCCCCUACCUGGCAAACACAUAUCCCUAGUGAUAUGUGUUCCCCCACCUAGGAAACACAUAUCCCUAGUGAUAUGUGUUCCCCCACCUGGGAAACACAUAUCCCUAGUGAUAUGUGUUCCCCCACCUGGGAAACACGUAUCCCUAGUAAUAUGUGUUCCCCUACCUAGGAAACACAUAUCCCUAGUGAUACGUGUUCCCCCACCUGGAAAACACCUAUCCCUAGGGAUAUGUGUUUCCUAGGUGGGGGAACACAUGAAACCACCUGAAAGCUUAAAAUUUAUACUUAGUUAUUAAUGUCAUACAACUGUUUGAGCUACCUGUAGGAAACAACAAAAACCCCAACUUUCAAAGAAGGGGAGUAGGAGGGGUGUUAAUUGCUUUCUUCGCUGAAGUUUCCCUAUUUGAGGGCAGUGUCAGAACAAUUUUGUCACUGAUUGAAGUCACAACAGUUGAGCAUAAUAAUAAUAAUAUUAUUAUUAUUAUAAUACUGCUAGAGGACUAGCCCAAAGGGACUAUACAGGUACAUGUUUUCUAACUUUGAGUAUGCAGAGCGAAACCGUAUGUAUAGUAGAUUUGAUUCUUAUUUUGAUUGCAGUAUUUUGAAGAAUUGUUACUUGGAAAAGUGAGGAACAUGCCUGCAAAUAAAAGGAAUGGGACAUUUCUUCUUCGAGAUUCUGUUUCAUCUGCUGGUUCAAAGGUGAGGUGCAUUUUACAGCAGUAAUUUACUGAAAUAUAUCAAAGCAAACAAACAAAUGACAAAGGAGAACAAUCUGUUGAGUGGAGGCAACUUCUCUGUGGAUCUAUCUUUAUGUUAUUACUCGUAGUUCCUUUAAAGUAGAAAGCAGUGCAUUAGUUAUUGUUUGUGUGUUUUUUGCAGGUUCUUACUUUGUACUGCUGGAAACCAGACUCAAACAAAGAGCUCUAUAACUUCAAGGUUAAUAAAUGGCAAUAUAUUCAUCUAGUUGGUCUAGUUUAGUUUUCUUUUAACUCUGAAUCAAAUACCAAUUCAAGGAACAUCCUCAAUAUAAUGAAUUGAUUCCUAGAGAGAGUGUGUGUUAAACUAUGUUUACCGCUAUUGAUACGGUGUAUACUGUGUUGUAUUCAGGGUUGAAGACUCCAUAGAAUGGUAAACAAAAAUUUAAGGGAAGAAAGGAGAGUUACAUUCGUGCAUUCAACUCUCAGUGACAAAAGGGUGGGACCAGCAAUAGGGGUCCAAAGGGGUGUCUCAACUUCAUUAGCAUACAUUAAUUUUACCAUACCUUAUAGAAAGUCAAAUUAAAUGACAAAAGAUGGGAGCGACCAGCUCAGAUGUCCUUUUUAUAGACUUAGGUGUCCGUGAAGAAAGAGUUACCGGUAUAGAGCGUGUUCACUCGUGUGGCUCAGUAGCAGCUAUGCAAAUAUAUGGUAACAAAAGAAAGCUUCUACAUAAGAAGAGUCAAACUUCCAUGGCACUGGUUUGGGACACCAACAUCGUGGACAUAAUGUCAUGUGAAAAGGCUCUAUAUAAGCUUUGUGGCUGUGUACUGCUGCUGUGAAGGGAAGGAUUUCCAAAGAGUUUGAUCAUGGAUAGAGUGUAGAAGUCCGGCACAUUAGACUGAUCGGAAGAGUGUAUCAUUUGCUUGGAAUCUGACCGUUGUUUCAGGGAGUUUGUUCUCUUGGUCCGGGUGAAUUCAGGAUCGUUUGAUAAUAAGUCGACAGGAAAUUUUCAAAUUUUAUCCUCAGGAUGGAAAUGAAUGCAGUUUCCAGUACAAUGGAAGUGUAAAUUGCUGAAAGUCUAGCAGAUUUUUGCGUCAUUUUGUAAGUUUUGGAUGCAAUAUGCAACAUGUGAGAGAAUGUAAAGAUUGUUUGAAGGGGUUCAGAGGUGGUAACACUUUACAAUGUAUUAUAAAUGACUUUUAGCCCAUUUUGAUCGAUUUAAUGUUUUUGUUUUCAGGUUUCUUUAACAGAAGAUGGAGAAAUUUACCUUCAUAAGAGUUCAAGAAAGUUUUCAGAAUUAAGCGAACUUUUGGAAUUUCUGAGGUGAGAACCAGUAAUCCUUGUACAAAUUAAUACAGUCAACUCUCUCACAGACGGACAUCUGUAGCACCGGCACUUAAUGAUUCCGUCUUAGAAAGGUGUUUAUCUUGUGGAGUGUUUAAUGAAAGGAGUAAAGUAAGGCAGGCAAACUCUAGGUGUCCAUUUCAGUCUCCGUUUUAAAGGUGUCAGUUAAGAAGGCGUUGGCUUUAAUUUUUUCGGUGUGAUUCGCUGGAAGUGAGAGUUGAGUAACGAUUUUGCGAAACGUUCCGUAUUGCACCCUAACUUGUUAAAACACUCCUUGAAAACAAAACGAUUUAGUUUCGGACGAGUUUCCUUCCGAGUGACUUGAUCUUUUUACAGGGCUUUAUUUAAGUUAUAAAUACUCUUUGGUACUCUUUAAAUUUAAACUCAGAAAAGACAACGUAUACAUCACUUUUUGAGACUUUAAGGUUAAAAUGCACUCCUAGUUUAGAAUCUGAUCAACACGUUUUUCGUUUUUUUAUUUUUUAUUUUAGGAAAGACAAAGAUAUGCUUCCUUGUGUCUUAACAACUCAGGUCUUCCAAUAAUCAGCGAGGUGUUAUUUAGUUAUAGCUUAGUUUGUACGCAACAACUUCUCGCCACUUUUGCAUAGAGCAAGAAAGUAGCCUCUGCUCGCAUGUUUCUUAGAUUAUGAAAGAACGAAAUAUAUCACUAGGUCAACGAAGAACGAUAUGAUUAAAGUCUUGGACAAGUCUUUAAGCGCUUAACUAGCGAGAAUUUAGCGGCACUCAAAGUUAAAUUGGUUAACUUUGUUAAGUUAGUUAAAUUCUCAUUAGUGAUUUAUUCAAGCGAAUUUCUUCAGUGGGUUUCUUUUUUUGUAAAAUAUCCAAACUUUUGCACGAGAAAAGCAAAAUAAAAUUUUCACUUGGUAUACUUUGAUUACAAUUUUGUAAGUAAUAUAUCAAGCAUAAGACGCAGUGUUUCAUCACCAGAUGAGAGUUGAAAAUGUGAGGCGCAGCAAAGUAUUUUUGACGAACUUCGAGGUGUUUCAUCUGGUGAUGAAACACUGUGUCGAAUGCUCGAUAUAGCGUCUCAAACAAAAUGAUUUUAGAAGGAGAAAUUAAGGAAGCAAACUGAGCAGUUUAUCAUCCGAUUCCCAAACUCUCAUUAAAGAUUAAUUUUCUUCGUAUUUUCUUUUUGAAUUAUUAAUGAGUUUGAGAAAUAUAGAAUGAAAAAACUAGCACAAGGCAGUAAAUAUGUAAGUUAUUAGUUACUUUAGUCAAACUUGUAGUUAUAUAUAUAACCUGUUUCAUAAGUUGAUAAGAACGGCGCGAGAAUCAGAACGGGGCGAAAACUAAGUGGUGUGGGAAGAAAAAAGCGGGGGCAGAGCGGACCUUCAUUUCAUUCGUUCUGUUUUUUUUCCUUUCUUCCUUUGUUUCAUUUCUUUUCUUUUUGUUUGUUGCUGCGUUUUGUACUUCGCGCCGGCCUCACAGUCCUAUUUCCACAGCCAAGAGAGAUUGAGCUCUUGCCACAGGCCACAGUAGUAAUGCGAUAGAACAGAGGCAAUGGAAACAUAGUUAAUUAUUCAUCAAUUUUAAUGACGCUUAUUAUCAAUAGUUUACACUCCACACUAAAACUUGUAGGCGCCAAAAUGGCUGAAAAACUAUAGCAUUUGGAAAGCCCGCAAGUUUAUAGGGCUGUUUAAACGUAGCAAUUAUGAACAGAAUGACUGGUUCAUAUGGACGCUGUGUAACAAACAACAUUUAUUGAACAAAGGUAUGAUGCAUUAAAAUUCAGGUGUGAAACUUAAGCAGUGUUCUUGACCAGAUACAGAAUCUCUAAAGAGGCAGCCUGCAGACCAGCGAUAAAAUGCAGACUUCCGGAAAAAAGGUAACUAACCAAAUACUCUACAGUCCGCAUUUUGCCUUUAGUCUGCAGUCUGCAUUUUACGUAAGUAGCCACAAAGGCGGGAAAAAACGUGGGUGAAUUCUAUUUAGGUCCCAGGGCCCUCUGGUUCCCCGAACGGAGAAGAAAACAGUUUGAAAAAACUGUGGUAUUUAUCAUCAGGCAUGUUUUCUUAUUUACGAACUUUUACGGAAAGUGUCUGGUAUCCCACCAAAUUUUAAAGUAACAUUAGUAAUUUUUUUUUCUUAAGUGCUUGAGUAUAAGAAUACUGUAAUUUUAUUCCAUAUAUUUCUGUCUAGACAACAAGAGCUGAUAGUGUACCGGAUGGGCAAUUUUUAGAAAUGAUUCAGUUAGGCACGUUUGCGAGCCUUAUCAGCAAUUUGGGUGAAAAGGGAAGAUAACCCUAAAAAGGGGAAGAAUCUUUGAAUCAAAAAAGUAACGCAAAUCCUGUCGAAGAAAAACACAACCACUCAUAGUGACAAUCAACGUCAAAUAACUGUGGCCAGAUUUUCUUCCUUGUCACAUAAAAAAAUCAUUUUUAGCUUAGCAAGGUAAUAAAGCCCAA